AUGCACAUCAAUGAGCCAAUAACAAGCUCAUCUCUUGUCAUAGGAUGCGACGUCACAGCGAGCGCUACGACUACUGGGGCUGAAUCUUGCUCAGACGCAGACGUCAUCGAGGAUCAAGGCGAAGAUGGUGGCCCAGCCCCAGCCGCAGAGUCUACCAGCUCGGCUAGCGCCUCGGCUACCAUCACUCCUCCUCCAAACACACCCACUCCGGCUCCGACCUCAACGCCAUCUUGCUACCUCCAGGAUGAGGAUCCCGAUCUAGGUAUCAAUUCCGCUUAUUGCCGUAGUCACCAGCAAUUAUCAAAUCUGCACAGUCGUCGACGUCAACAACGGCGAGUGCACCACGAUGCCCAACUGCGUCCCAACAACGUCAUCAACGGCUCCAUCACCGCCUGCUUCCCCGAAGCCGCCGCCUGCACCACCUCAGUACUCAACAUUGGCUACUUCGAUGAAUGUGAGCCUGACGGCGGUUUAGGAGAGGAAGGAGGAGCAUCAUGCGGGAGCUACUGGACAGUCUUCACCGACCCUCAAGGAGUAACCUACAAUCCUUGCAACGACAAAGCCAUCUGGGACGACACAAAGGCCUUUGACGGUAAUGAGAUUAAGUAUUCCGUGUCAGAAGGCCCAUUCAAUGGUGGCCGCUUGACCGGCUGCGUGUACAGUUAG